GGAGCCGAAGGUAAUCUUAUUUACAUUUCAAUAUGGCGGACAUAUUGACAUUUAGCUGAGCGACAUGUGUUGUUUUGGUGGUCAUAUUUUAUAUUUGCAUUCCAGUUACACAGAGAGUGCCAGAGGAUGAUCUGUAAAAACGGAGUCCCUUUACGAACCGUGCCAAAUCUGCACGAGGCUGCGUUUACGGGCGAUACCCGAGAGACUUCGCAAGCCCUUGCGAAUGGGCAGAGUCCAAAAGAGUUUGACGAAUCUGGCUCCACUGCUGUUCACAAGGCAUCUGCUAAUGGGCACCUGGAGGUCUUAAAGUUACUUAUUCAACAUGGUGGGGAUGUUGAGCUUGCUGACAUAUCAGGUUGUACACCUCUACAUGUUGCCGCAAGAAAUGGCCAUCUGACCUGCGUUAAGUACUUGGUUUUGCAAGGCGCAGACUUCAGAAUGAAAUCAAAGAAAGGAAACACAGCGCUGACCAUGGCUAAAGCGAACAGUCAACAGAAAGUGGCUGAGUACUUAUCAAACUGUGACAGAGAAAAGUUUGCAUGGGAAGUUGUUUAAAAGUCAAGACUUAAAUGACAAAGUUUUACACAUGAAAUAAUUAUUUCAUUGUUAUCUCAAAAUUAUAUAAUUACAAUACAUAUUUACAUGAUGUACAAGAAAGAACCUUAAAAAUAACUAUUAAUGGUAAAGAUAAUUAUCAAUUGAUGUACAACUAUUAAUCAUAUUACAAUUAUCUCUGUUUUAUAAGUUAAAUGUUAUUUUAAGACCUCAGGGGAGGUACAUGUAGUGCCCUUUUCGUGACACAUGAAUUUCACGCUAACUUCUUUGUGAAAUGGACAUCCUCAUAACUGGUGCGAUAAGUGGGAAAUUUUCUGAUGCCGUCAAACAAGAUAAUCGGGAUUUCAUUUUCUUCCACGGCACUGAAAGCAUUGUAAGUUGAAAUUCCAAGAACUGAGUUUGGGAAAAAUAAUAGAAAUGUCAGCUAAACUGGUCAACAAAAGUAACUAUCACAAAACAAAUUCUGAACUGUUUACUAUUAAAUAAAGAAAACUGUAACAGCU